UGGCACGUCACAGGUGGGAGAAAUGUCUAUACCAAGAUUCCUAAAAGUAACAUAUGGAGCAUACGAUAAUUAUAUUCCAGUCAGUGAAUUAAGCAAAAAAUCAUGGAAUCAGCAAUACUUUUCCCUGGCAUUUCCCAAACCACCAAGGCCAGGAAAGAAACGGAGAUCACUACCUUCUCAGUUACAGAACAAUACAGCUCCUGUAAUUGAUGAACAAAAAUUAGGAAUUCACAGACCACCAUUAUGGAUGCACCGUUCCCUGAUGAGAAUAUCCGAGAGACCAUCCGUUUAUUUAGCUGCCAGGAAGGGCCUUCCACCAAAACCAUCUCGUUUUGGCAAGGGAGAGUCUAAAAGAGCGGGCACACACAAGCCUUCGACUUCAGAAAAAUCAAAGAAAGAAGUGAAACUGAAAAAAGAUGAAUCUGAAGCGAAAGAGAAGACAGCGUUAAAGACAGACAAGCAAGAAAGUCCCAAACCAGCUGCCAGGAAAAUUUCAAAGGAUUUACAGAAGGACAAGGGAAGAUUAUCUUCAGAAUCUGAAGGUGAAAAGGCUAGUGGGAAGAAAGACAGCAAGAAAGUUAAAAAAGGCCUAAAGGGUAAAGAUUCAGUCUCAGAAUCUGGAAGUGAAAAGGCCGGUGUGAAGAAGGAAGCCAAGGCCAGUAAAAAAGGCUCAAAGGAUAAAGUUUCAGCCUCAGAAUCUGAAGCUGAAAAGGCUGGGGUGAAGAAAGAUUCCAAGACAGGUAAAAAAGGCUCAAAUGAUAAAGUUUCAGCCUCAGAAUCUGAAGCUGAAAAGGCUGCUGUGAAGAAAGAUUCCAAGACAGGUAAAAAAGGCUCAAAGGAUAAAGUUUCAGCCUCAGAAUCUGAAACUGGAAAGGCUGGGGUGAAGAAAGAUUCCAAGACAGGUAAGAAAAGCCCAAAGGCUUCACAAGAAACACUUGUAACUACAUCAGCUGACAAAGAUGGUGAAAAGAAAGAUGAAAAACCCAUUAAACAGGGUUCAAAAAGCAAAGAGACAGUUACAGAUUCUGCAAGUGAAAAGGGAGAUGUAAAGAAAGAGGAAAAGAAGGAAGGGAAGAAGGAUAAGGAGAAGAAGAAAAAGGGAGACGGAGAAGGAAAAGAGGGUGGUAAGAAAGAGAAGAAAGACAAGAAAGACAAGGACAAGAAGGACAAGAAAGACAAGAAGGACAAAGACAAGAAGGACAAAGACAAGAAAGACAAGAAAGACAAGAAGGACAAGAAAGACAAGAAAGACAAGAAAGACAAGAAGGCAAAGUAG